AGAUACUAACUAUGUAUAGCGAGCGGGCAUACGGCCGCGAGAGUGACGUACCGGUCGGUUUGCUACAUAUUUAAUAUUUGUUCAGAGUGGGGGUAUUCAUCUGAUUAAUCCAUGGAAUAACCGACACACCUAAUCUCUUAAUCCAGAUAGAAAUAUCAGCACUGUCGAUUGCACCUAUAAUUGAGGUGAUGUCUGCCAUGUACUUUUGUCAGUUUUUCAAUUUUUUUUAUUGAUGAUCACUUUGUUGGUGCAACUAAAUAAAUAAAUAAAUUAAAACUAUAUAUAAAAAUAAAAGUAGUGCCAACCCUAGCAAAUUUCUCGUUUCGUCCCAAUUAACCGCAAUUUUCGGGUAAAUAGGGAUUACACCUAUUUUUGCAUUUUUUGCUUAAACUGGAAUGCUAGUUGCAUAAUUUUAAAUUAGACAACAAAGAUGCCCCCAAGACUCAAUCAUUUUGAUCCUGAUUUAGCAUUAUAUACAUCAACAACUACCUUAAAAUUGCUCAUAAAGUUGGAAUUUGUCCCUAAUCGCCCCAUUUUACGGUACGGUAGGUACCGUAUGGUACCAUUUUGAGAUAUAUUACUUAUGUACCCUUAGUCCCUUACGGUUAUUUAAUAGCUAGGUAAGGUACGGUACCUAAACCUUAUUAAAAUCUAACAAAGAGAAUUAAAAAGUUACAAUUGUGUACCUACCAUUUACAACAAUGAAUAUGCAGCAGCGAGAAGAAAAGCAACUAGAAGCUACAAUAGUUGCGAUUUUAAAUAGAGUAAAUGAUUUAAAAACUGCAAUACAAGCAUUGAUAAAUAAACUAGAAACGGAAUACGAGACAAUAAAUUGGCCAACUUUUCUAGAUAAUUACGCGAUUUUAUCUGGUCACCUGACUGGCCUCAGUAAAAUUCUCCAAGCCGAACAAGCAGCUUCAUUGCGGUCUAGAAUUGUUUUACCACUUCAAUUAAGUUGCGAACGUGAUGAAACACUGGCUCAUUUGACAGAAGGCAGAGUUCCAGCUUGCACUCAUGAUUUAGUUCCAGAUUUACUUCGUACCAAACCUGAACCCCAGGCUGAACAGCGUCUCCAGCAAUUUAAUCAUAAAGCUAGUACUUUAAGCUAUGAUACAGCACAGAAACACAUUGCUCAAUUCACUAAAGUUGUCAGUCACGUUUGGGAAAUUAUAUCCAAAGGCCGCGAAGACUGGGAAGGAGAGUCAAUGAGAUCUACAGGUAUGCAACCAACACACAACAUUGCUGACACGCAUGCUUUAGUAACGGCAGUAGGAACGGGAAAAGGGCUACGACCAGGUAUGGCGAAUAUGGUUGGUCAAGGGGCAGCUGGAAUGGGACCAGCUCGAGGCCCGGCUCCACAACUCGGUCCUGCGCCCUCUACUCUUCCUAAGGCACCUUCAGCUAUCAAAACCAAUAUCAAAGCUGCUAAUCAAAUACAUCCUUACCAAAGAUAAUGUAAAUAAAAAUACUUAAUUUCUUC